ACCACAAGUAGCUCGAAGAUGUUUCUGCCGUAUAUACUAGAAGUUUCUACCAGUAUAUUUUAUCUAUGGUGUGGUGAUAUUUUUUUUUAGUCAUGUUCAUAUCAGCUGAUCGGUGUUUUUGGGGGAAAGAGAGAGGGUAUUUGUGAGUGUCGAGAGAUUUAUAAAAACUGCAUUAUUAUAGUCGGUCUAAUGACCAUCAGCGUCUUGAGCAUAAUUGCGGGAAAAACGGGUGAAAUUAGGUGAAAAACAAUGGAAAACAUAUUUUGACAUGUACCUAACCUCUAUUAUGUAUCGUCAGAUAUUUCGUAGGAACAAUCUUCUGCCUUAUUCGUAAUUGGAUUGAAAAAAUGCUGACUUAGUGCCACUUGUGUAAUUAUGUUUUAGUAGCCGUUUGUGGUGAAAAGUGUAUUUUCAAUCAGUUGUUAGUGACGCAUUUUGCUACUGAGAAUGGCUUUUGGCAGCGUUAAUGGUAUGCCAUCAGCAGGAAGUUUCAUUCCUGAAAUGGAACAGGUUAUUAAUCAGCUUGAAAGAGGAACUGUCGUGACAAAGUUUUUUCCAAGGAAACGCCCUGAACGCAAGACAUUAAUGAUAAGACGUGAAACGAGGCAAAUUGUUUGGUCUAGAGCUGCAACUAAUAGAAGUUUUGAAGGUGCAGUUGAUUUACGAGAAGUAAAAGAAGUACGUGUGGGCAAAACUUCCAAGGACUUCGAUAGAUGGCCGGAAGAAGCAAAACGGACAGAGUCUAUGAGAUGCUUUGUUGUGUUUUAUGGCCUGGAAUUCAAGCUCAAAACACUUUCAAUAUCUGCACUUUCAGAAAAAGAAUGUGAUCUUUGGGUGCGUGGUUUGCGCCAUCUAGUGUCAGACACCAUAAAUGCUCCUUAUCCACUUCAGGUGGAGCGGUGGUUGCGGAAAGAGUUUUAUGCGAUGGAUAACAACAGAGAAACAGUGACGUUGAAAGACUUGAAAGCAUUUCUGCCUAAAGUUAACUGCAAGAUCUCGACAAACAGACUGAGGGAGUUGUUUCAAGAAGUGGAUACCAGGAAGCGAGGAGAAUUGGGAUUUGAUGACUUCGAACUGUUGUAUCAUAAGUUAAUGUUUGAUGAAUGUUCGUUCCGGGAGUGCUUCGACGUGUACCCCGUGCGCUCGGAGAACACGGUCACGGUCCAGGAGCUGCAGAGCUUCCUGGUGCAGGAGCAACAAGACCCCAUGGGGAACGACGAGCGGGAGGUGUCCCGCUUCAUGAGGGACUACCUGCAGGACCCGCAACGCAACGUGCAGGAGCCUUUCUUCACGGCCGUCGAAUUUAUGAGUUUCCUGUUUUCCAAACAAAAUGAAAUAUGGAACCAAAACUUCGACAUCGUCUGUCAAGAUAUGACACGACCAAUGUCGCAUUAUUGGAUUGCGUCGUCUCACAAUACGUACCUGACGGGGGACCAGUUCUCGAGCGAGUCUUCCACGGAAGCGUACGUGCGCUGCCUGCGAAUGGGCUGCCGCUGCAUCGAGCUGGAUUGCUGGGACGGCCCCGACGGGAUGCCGUUCAUCUACCACGGGCACACGCUGACCUCCAAGAUCAAGUUCAUGGAUGUCAUAAAAAUCAUCAAGGAACAUGCAUUCGUAACUUCAACCUACCCGGUGAUUCUGUCAAUCGAGGACAACUGCUCGCUGCCGCAGCAGAGGAAGAUGGCGAGCGCCAUGCAGGAGGUGUUCGGGGACAUGCUCCUGGUCCAGCCGGUGGAGCGGAACGAGACCCAGCUGCCGUCGCCCCACCAGCUGCAGCGCAAGAUCAUCCUCAAGCACAAGAAGCUGCCCGAGGGGGUGGACGAGUGCUCCGUCAUGGUGCGGAACGACGACGGCAGGGACAUGGACCUGCGGAACACGGUGAAGAACGGCGUGCUGUACCUGGAGGACCCCCUGGACAAGCAGUGGCACCCCCACUUCUUCGUGCUGACGCAGCACAAGCUCUUCUGGACGGACAGCGUGCCUGUGAACGGCGGGGACGAGGAGGCCGAGGAGGAGGAGGAGGAGGAACGCAACUUCCACCGACCCAAGGAGGGGACCCCCAACGACGAGCUCCACUUCAGCGAGAAGUGGUUCCACGGGAAGCUGGUGGGGGGCCGGGCGGAGGCGGAGCACCUGCUGCAGGCCUACUCCCACCUCGGCGACGGCACGUUCCUCGUGCGGGAGAGCGAGACCUUCGUCGGCGACUACACCCUCUCCUUCUGGCGCCAGGGCAAAGUAAAUCACUGCCGGAUACGCUCUAAACAAGACAAAGGCCAAACCAAGUACUACCUCAUCGACACUAACUGCUUCGACAGUCUGUACAGCCUCAUCACGCAUUACCGGAGCCAUGCCUUGCGGAGCCAGGAAUUUUUGAUCACGCUGCAAGAGCCGGUGCCUCAGCCGAACAAGCACAAGGACAAGGAGUGGUUCCACCCCCACACCACCAGGGCGCAGGCGGAGGAAAUGCUGAAGAGGGUUCCGUCGGACGGCGCUUUCUUGGUGCGGCCGAGCGAGAAGGACGCUUCCUCCUACGCCAUCUCUUUCAGAGCAGAGAAAGAAAUCAAACAUUGCAGAGUAAGGGUUGAAGGACGACUGUACGCGAUUGGAACGUUACAGUUUGAAAGUUUGGUGGAUCUGGUCAGCUACUACGAGCACCAUCCCCUUUACCGCAAGGUUAAACUGUGGUAUGCCGUGAACGAGGAUAUGCUCACGAGAUUAGGAAUGGAAGAUGUGGACGGGACCGUGUAUGGAACUCCAGGCUACAUGGAUCCCAGCAGCUUCACGUCAAAGGUGACUGUGAAAGCCAUCUACGACUACCAAGCGCAGCGAGAAGAUGAGCUGUCGUUCUGCAAGCACGCCAUCAUCACGAACGUGAACAAGCAGGACACCGGAGGGUGGUGGCUGGGCGACUACGGCGGCAAGAAGCAGCAUUUCUUCCCUUCGAACUACGUCGAAGAGAUCGAGCCACAAACUGGUAGAGAUGACAACGCGUCCGACUCGAUGCUGCUUGGUAACCUGCAGAAAGGCAGUCUCGACGUGGUGGGCGCUGUGGUCAACCUGACCGUCGGAACCAGGCCUGCGCUCGACUGGAUUCUCCGCAUCGAGAUACCAAACAGAUGCACUCCGUUUGAAGUGGCCACGUUGCAGAAAGAACAAGCAUUAGAGUGGAUAGUUGUUAUCAAAGAAACUGCCCAGAAUGCUUCCAAGAGGGAAAGUGAGCACAAAGAAAUGGAACGGGCGUGGCGGAUAGCGAAGGAAAUGUCCAACUUGAUUGUGUAUUGCCGUUCGGUGGCGUUCAACGCUGAGAAAAUCAAACGUAGUGGACAUUCCUUCAAUGAGAUGUCAUCUUUUCCUGAGACCAAAGCAGAAAAAAUUAUCUGCCAACAGGAAAAUAAGUUUUUUCUAAAAUAUCACCAGAUUCAAUUCAGUCGAGUUUAUCCCAAAGGACAGCGCAUUGACUCGUCCAACUAUAAUCCCGUUCCCAUGUGGAACUCGGGCAGCCAAAUGGUCGCCUUGAACUACCAGACUCCAGACAAGCCCAUGCAGCUGAACCAGGGCAAGUUCCGGGAGAACGGGAGCUGCGGGUACCUCCUGCGGCCGGACUUCAUGUUCCGGGAGGACUUCGACCCCUACGACAGGAACACCCUGGCGGGCGUGGACCCGCUCACCCUGUCCGUCCGGGUGAUCGGGGCGAGGCACCUCAGCAAGAUGGGGCGCAGCACGGCCAGCCCCUUCGUCGAGGUGGAGGUGGUGGGGGCCGACUUCGACUCGGGCGUGAAGCUGACCACCAAGACCGUCACUGACAAUGGGUUCAAUCCCAUAUGGAAUGAGAUAUGCGAGUUUGAUGUUGCAAAUCCGCACUUUGCGCUGAUAAGAUUUGUCGUCCAAGAUGAAGACGUGUUUGGGGAUUCCAACUUCAUCGGUCAAGCCACAUAUCCUGUGUUAUGUUUGCAAACUGGGUACCGCAGCGUGGCGCUGAGGAAUGGCUACAGUGAAGAGUUGGAGCUGGCUUCGUUACUAGUUCACUUGAGUAUUAAAAAUCCAUUGGCUGCAACAAAUGGUCCUACAAGAAGCAGCAUCCCGGUCAGAAGUCAUCUGGGUGACGGUGAUGCCUCUGCUUCCGUACUCGCUUCGAUUCUGUAGAAGAAUACCAGCGCUGCCAACUGUUUUUUUCAGUAUACUUUUCCCUAGCCCAAACUAAGGAAUGUUCCUACCGACCGGAGUGUUUCUCGAUCCCGUUUUUUUUGUUGCAAUGUCACAGUGGCCUUAAAACACGAGGUGCUAUUAACGUGCAUUUCCAAUACGAAGUUUUAAAAAAAAAAAAAAAAAACUUGCUCAUUAUUGACACAGGAUAAUUUUGAACCGUGUUUGCAAUAAAAAAAAAUAUUACGUAGCAAGGCAAGAAUCAUUUAUGAUGUACAUUUCAUAACUUUUAUGGUCACAUUGAAUUUUUUAAGGAUAUUAUUUUAUAUAGCUGCAUUUAAAUAUAUUUAUUUUAAAACUAUUUUUAUUAUUUUGAAUGUAUGAUAUGUGUUUUUGUGAUAGUUGGCUGAUUUUUUUUUUACUCUUAUAGAUAGUAUCGUUAAGAAGUUAAGAAAAAUUGAGUGAAUUUGGUUACCAUGCUGCAAAUAUUUUUGCAGUGCUUUCAUUAUACUUUGUAGUUUACUGUCAUAACUAUAUGUCUCUUCAAUUUAAUGUCAGUUUUUAAAAUUCUGUUCUAAGCUCUUAGGGAUGUACCAAUUCUGAUUGUAGAAUAGAUCAAUUCCUUAGGUUCUAACGAAAACCAAACAAUCAUUUAAUUGAUUCAGUAAAAUUGCGUUCAUUCUUGAGGUGGCCUCCUGGCUAUGCCUUCAUCAAAAUGUGUGCAAGGCUCUGGGUGCAGAUGAGCCAUUUUCAAUCCGCUGAAGAUUUCUUAAAGUUGUCCGAUUACGAGGUAGCAUGUAAGAGCCAUUACACUUGUCUACAAAACUUAUGAUUUCAUUUUUACAUUAAUUUUUUUGAACAGCAAGUUAGCUCAAAUUGGUGUUUUCACCGACCUGUUUAUGUACAUAAAAAAAUUUUUGGUACACAAUUUUGUAAGUAGUAUAAGUACAUGCAGGAAGAAUUUAUCUUUAUUGUGUAAUCUCCAUCCAAAAAAUAAAUUAUUUCAUUAUUUUGUGAAGUCUCAUAGAGGCCUGUUUUCGACAGCUCAUUCCCGUGUGCAUAGAAGAUAAAAGGCGUGUGAUUGGUGAGCCAGUAUCAUGAUUAACGUCCACGUGAUUUUAGAGCUUUUGCGUGCGCCCAUUAACAUUGAAGGUGCAGCUUCAAUAAAUUUUAAUUAUUGAAACAUUGCACCUGAUGUAUAACUAAUGUCAGACAAUGUAUUUUAAAUUAUGGUAGAAUGGAUGUCAAUAUGUAUGUAGUGUACACCGUUCCGGGUUGGUAGCAUAGUACAUUUUUAGUUUUGAAUACAAUAAUUUGCACAAACUAAUUGUUGGGAAAAAAAAUAUUAUUGGUAAUUAUGAAUUAAAUCUUUCAGAAGUAAUGUUUGGUUUAACCUAAUAUAUACUUGCACAAGUUCAUUUGGUACAGAUAUUAAAUAAAAGUUAUUAAACAUUUUGUGUGCAGUGUGGAAUCAAUAUUACAGGAGCUAUAACAUUUUACUGGUGAGAAAGUUUGUGGUCAUUAGUUUUAAAAUGCAAUUAAUAUAUUUUUAUGUAGAUUUAAUUGUAAAAAAAAAUUACAAAACAUUGAAAUGUGUUCUUUGGAAUUACAUAUGCAUCAUAUCCCAUACAUAGUAUAUAAAUAGUUUGUGAAAGGUAUUGUACAAAAUCAGGUUUAUACACAAGGAUAAGAAAAAUACCUUAUAUAAAUAAAUAUUGUGGAACAACUUAUUGAAAACAUGCUCUAGCUACUAUUCAUUUUAAUAUAAAACUAGUGCAAGUUACCCUUUAGAAGUAAUUAGAAUUGAAUCAUUCCAUUUGAAAUUUUUAACUUUGUUCAGCUAAAAGUUUAUUUCUUUGUCUCACAAAUUUUUCAAUCCUAUUCUGUCCAAACAGCAUUAGAUCCCUUAGUGAAAGAAUAGUACUUCACCCAACUUUUCUCACGAAUAUUAAACUUAAUAUUACAUUGAAUAAAAAUAUAACUAAUAUAUAAGAUCUCUAACUUUAUUAUAAAAGGUUGUGCAAAUCUCCUUGUGCCCAAUCUAAAAUAUAUUUUUAAUUUAAGUAUACAAAAUGGUGUUUAGUGUUUACCCAAAUAAAUGGAAACUCGCAGAAAGGAAGUAAACUAGAUGUAUCAAAUUACAGACCCAUUUCACUUUUAAAUGGCUUUCCGAAUUUUUUUACAAAAUUAUUUUUACGAAUCUUAGUUUCAAUUUUUAAAAAAACAAACCUUCAGAUAGUCAUGGUUUCCGUAAUAGUAAAAAAACAAAAAACCUUAUGUUUUUUUUUAAUCCUAUUUAUGCAGAAGUGAUUUUGCUGAUGACUUAAAAAUCUAAAGAAUAUCAUCUUCACAACAUGAUUGUACUUUACUUCAAAAUGACAUCAAUGUGAUCGAUGAUUGGUGUAAGUUGAAUCUUGUUAAUCUUAAAACUAUGGGAAAACUACUGUUGUAAGAGUUGCGAGAAAACUCCUCCCUAAUUUUGAUUGCAGUCUAGUAUAUCAUACAUUAACCAAGAGUAAACUACUAAUAAAUUUAGGUAUCACACUUGAUUCUAAAUUACUUUUUUAUUUUUCACGUUGAAUCUAUUACCACCAGUGCAAACAGAACUCUUACAUUGAUCAAAUAUAUAUCUAAGUUUUAUACUAAUUCUGAUUUUAUUAUAUGCCUUUGUAUGACAUUGAUUAGAUCAAAAUUAGAAUAUAAUUCCAUUAUUUGGGACAGUUUAAGAAAGUCAAAUAUUCUUAAAAUCAACAAAAUGGAAUACAAAUUAAUCAAUAUUAUUUAUAAUAAUUCUCUGAAUCAUAAAAUAGAUUUAAACUCUCUACUUGGUUCUUAAAGAACAACGAUAAUUCUGGAUGCAAAUUUUGUAAGUAACUGCUUGAAAAACAAAUUAGAUUGUAAUUACUUGUUAGACAAUAUUGCUAUUAAAGUUCCUACUUUUAGUAAAUCCUAUCUUAUGUUAUACAGGUAAAAAAAUAUUUUAUAUAGAUUAAUAAAUAAUUUUAAUAAAAUUGAUAGUAUUUUUCCCACAUUAUAAAAAAAAAUCAGUGUUCCUAAAAUCCUUGCAAACUUUAAUCUAUUUGAUAUUAAUCAAUAAUUAUUAAUUUAAUACUUACAAUCAUGGUUAGAUGUGUAAUAGAUAUUGUGUUGUACCCUUUAGUUUUAGUUAUUUCUACUUGCUUAUUUGUUUCGCCAUAAAUUUUACUCAUGAAAUUUGCAAUAUUAAAAAAAAUAUCAUUUUGUCUGUGCAUUGAGAAAAAUUUCCUGUUUUAUAGUUAUGGGCACUCUACAAACUGACUUUUCAACUUAUCAUUCACAAUUAGUGCACAAGUCUGUUUAGGUCAGUAAAUAAAAUGAGGACAUAAAACUCUUUUAUGUGUUAAAUUGUAAACUAGCUAUACCAAAUCUUUCUAGUAAAUUUUGCUAAGAGCUUUUUUUUUUUUUAGCUUGCAUAAACUAUGGCUUUUCUUAACAUUAAAAUCAGUCAGACUUCGGCAGGCUACCAACUCUUGACAUUAACAAACUUAACUUUAAUUUUUGCACGGAUCUAAAUGCAUUCCUGCAAACAAGCUUAUGGUUUCAGGCCUAUUGAAUGUCAGAAGCAAGUUUUCAGAUAAGUUGUUCCCCAAAUAGCUGCACUAAUAAGCAAUAAUUUGAUGCUGUUGAGAAACUAUUGAGAAGUUAGACUGAGAUAUAGUGCAUUUGUGGUUAUCUUUUCCGUCAAGGCUCAUAACGAUACAAUUGUAGCUAGUAAUAUUAGUAAUAAUAAUAUUAUGAAUUCAUUAUAUAGAGAAACUGAGUUUUCAUAUGUGAUGCCAAAAUAAUAUUUCAAUGCAGCACAUUAAAGUGCAUAUAUUUGCUAUUAUUUUACAUACUAAAGAAUGUUUUACAUUUUUUUCUCUCCAUACAGUAACAUGGUUACAAAAUGCCUGCCAUGUAUAUGGCUAAGGCCAUGUUUUAACUGGCAGAGAGAGAUUUUUUUUGUGUUCUCGUGUUUACAUCAGAGAUAGUGAGAGAUAGAGCGCACUCACGUCAUCUGAAGUUCUUUCAGAGAGAGCUAAAGAGCAAGACGUCGUGAUAAAACAAGAUAAACUGUGUACUCUCCGAGACUAGCAUGCGCUCUGAUCCUUUACAUGUUUUCACGUUUCUUUACAGCUGCAACUUGGGGGUUAUUUUUAUAGCAAGCUUACAGAUGCAUGGAUCCGUGAAAUGCAAGAAUGAACUAUUAUUUCAGUGCAAGUUCGUACCAUAUUUUAAUUUCAGUUACUUUUAAAUUAAGACAAAGUUAAUUUUUUUUUGUUAUCUGGAAUGUUUAUUACACAAUUAUAAUAUUCAGGAAAAGCAAUAUUGAUCUCUUAAAUUUAAAACUAUGCAGUGGAAUCUUAAAUCUUAAUUUUGGUUGUCUACAUCUAUGUAGGUUAAGUCAAAGAUUUUAACCUUUAGUAAAAAAUUUUCCUUUAUCAUCUAAUGUUUUUAUUUGUUCACUGGCGAGAAACUGCCUUGACCUAACUAAAAUGAACGCAAUUGCGAGAGAGAGAGAGAGAGAGAGAAAGAGAACAUGAGUCCUUUUGCGAAGUUUCUUGUACAUAUAAGACACCAUGCACUUGAUUUUUUUUUAACUCAAAAAUUUUAUUAAUUGUUUUGGAAGGCUAGAAUAUGCUACCACAGCAUUCCUACAUGUAACAUGACAAUAUCUUAAAAUAUAUUAUAGGCCUAUGUCACACCAUGUGCAGGGGGGGUGGUGGGGGCAAUAGCCCCUCCCAAGAAAAAUUUUAUUUACUUAAUUUUUCUAGGAGGGUACAUUUAUGUUUACUUAAAUACAUGUGUUAAAAACUUUUAUCUCACCUAUACUUGCAUGGAACUAAUAAGGUUCUGUAUUUUGACCAUAUUCUAGGGCAAAUCACUGACCUGUUUGAUUUUUUUUUUUUUUUUGCAACUGCAUCCUUUCUUUGUACGAUAGCCCCUCCCACCAUUGUAUUGCACAGGGCAAUAAAGUGGUUUUAUAGGAAAGAUAUGUGACUUUGUAAAAAUUCAGGUUACCAUGACUGCACUGUACCUGUAUGAUGUUUUGCUUAUUCCUGCAUUUAUUUCUCCGCGAUGUUUAUUUCCGAAGAUGGAAUAGGCAAUUAGAUACGAAGUACUGUAAUAUGCUUUCGUUAGGAUUAUGGAAAAAUGCAUAUAUUUUAAGUUUUUCUGAAAUAAAAAAAACUGGUGAGAGACAUUUUUGUAUCAUGUUUCAAAUUGUCAUUGCUUUAUAAAUCCAAAAGUAUUUAUUAAGUUUUUGUACAAAUAAAUAAAAUAAUUUUUUUUACAUAUGUACGACUAUAAUGUUAAAUGAUGUAAAAUCUUAAGUAAAAUAUUUAUGUAAUGUUUGUAGUGUUAGAUUUAGUACAUAGAUGUUAAAACAUGAGUUUCUUUAUUUUGAAAUAUUGAUGUUUGGAUGAAAUUUUGUACAGAAGCAGAAAUACUUUUAAGUUGUGUAUUUCAUUAUGUAUAAUGUAUAAGUGUCAAAAAAAAACUUAAAUAUUAACUAUUUUAAUUAUUGCUGUUAUAUGUUGAAAUAUCUUUUUUUUAGGGUUAUGAUAUUGUCAGAAAAGUCUGAGUAAAUUAUUAAUAGUUUUGUAUUAAUAGUGUAGUGUAUUUGUAUUAAACAGAAAUUGUUUCAUCACAUAUCUUUUUCUACCUUGAUUGAAGUUCAUAGAACAAGUUUGUAAACCAGAAUUAUGUUAACAAAGAAAUGAACUUUUGCAGAGACUUUAUUAUUAAAAUUACAAAUAGUCAUUGCUCAGUUCAAAGAAUUUUAAAUUCUUGUAUUAGAAUGUGUAUUUUUUUACAAUUUAAUCAUAUACACUAUUUUUAACUGUUGCAUGUAUAUAUAGUAUGAUAAAAUUUUAUGAACUUGUGUAUGUAUUAUAUUAAUAGAUUUUGACUGAAUGAAAAAACUUGUUCAUACAGUAACCCACUACUUGCAUAGGCUUACAAUUUUUGGGUUGCGUCAUGUAACUUUUUAUCACUGAAGUCAAAACACGACCCAAAUGUUUAACUAAAGACUUUUAUUUGUAUCCCUAAAUAUACCUGUGGAAAAAUUGUUAAUAUAACUGCCUGGGUGUGAAGAAGUGAAAACUCAGGGAAUUGAAAAUGUAUCUUUAAAUAACCUUGAAAACACAGGAAAAGGACAAAAUCUGAGUAGUUACAAAACACUAUCAGUAAUUUUUAAUACUGUGCAAAAUCUUAAUGUCGUAUAAACUGUAUGUACUUUUAGUCAUAAAUUUAUUGGCCAUAAUAAUCUGCGUCUAAUUGUUAUGAACACUAAAUAAAUGUAAUGGAUAGAAAAUCAACUGUAUUGAUUUGAAUCACGAUAAAAUAUACAUAUAUAUUCUCUCGGCUGGUUACAUUCAAUAACUUACUGUUUCAAAGUUUGAUCAAACAAAUAAUUUUUUUUUCAGACUGGCAGUGUUGUUUAACCAGCUUGCCUAGACAUGGGUGUAUCUGUGUCAAGUGAGGCGGAAUGAUAAGUGCGACGCUCGCUGGUGCUUCGAGUGUAUCGCCUUUUAAGUGCAGUUCUCGUCGUGCAUAGGGCAGCAGUGAGAUUUGAGCAGCAACUGUAAAAUUAAAUGGCAGAGAAAUAAAAAGAUAAAGUUGUGAUGCAAGUCCCUUGAGUACUUUCAAGAAUCUCUACCAAAUGUUUAAUGCCUAUAAAUUAUUCUAUAAACAUGUGUUUUAGCCAUUUUUACUCCUAAAAUUAUAGUUUAAAAAAAAACUAAAUAGAACUACCAAAUUGCCCCCAACAUAUUCUCAAGUGCUUUUCGUAGACUCCACUCGGAUAUCUUAAGCAGUUUUCAAAAUGUGGUUUCUUUUGAAGCUGUGCACGUUAUUUAUAUGUUCAGGUAGGUGGGAGCCUUAAGUAGUGUUAAUGGAAAUAAUAAAAGUGCAAACGAUAAAUUAUGCAGGAAAAUAUUUUAUAUCUGUAUAUUUGUUGAAAUGUAUUUUAAUAAUACCUAUAUGCUAGCUUGCCUGAUAGAAUGAUGAAACAUAAAAAAAAAUGUUAGGUGGAACAGGAAAAAGAGGGAAAAUUGAGUAUGAGAACCUUCUGAGUUUUACACAUUUCUAUUGGAGAAUUCAAGUUUUCAGUCACGCAAAGAAUCAUUUUUUAAUAGGUGGAUGUGCAGAACCCAACAAAAAAUUUGCACUGAGAUUAGCCUAGCAUGGUGGCCAACAGUGUUUUUUUUUACAGGAAAAUGAGUUUUAUUUAUUUAUGAAGCUAGGAAUAACAAAAUAUAAUCCUUGAUUUCUUGACACAUACUUUGAUUAUUGAAGAUUAGGAAAUGUGAAUUGUAAGAUGCAUGUUUGCCUAUCCUUGUCCAUUUCCAUUGUUUUGUAUUUGUGCUACAAUAAUAAAAUUUGAACUGUAAUGAUAACCAA